ACCGCUGACGCGCAGCCUCUCAAGAUGGCCGUCACGUACAUCUGAUCGGAGGUGUGUGUGCGAAAUUCGACGCCGAUUUGACGUGAUAAGGAUAUCGAGCCGUGCACGGCGCCCCACGAUGGCACGAUGAUCGCGCGUUAAGUCAAUUAAUUUCGGCAUCGGUAUCGAUGUGGACCGUCCCCUGGGUGCCGUCGUGUCGAUGGUUGUUCCUGUCCCCGCGGCCGCCGGCGGCUCGCACUGAAUCAUGUUCAGCAAGAAACUUCAUGUGGACGUCAAGAAGUCGACGCUCAAGGUGCAGGAUGUCAAGAAGGACAGCGGGACUAGGUUGAAGCACCUCAAGAUCGUGCUAGAAAAUGUGGACACUGACGAGGCAAAGGGAUUUUUUGAGGGGAACUUCAGCCAUGUGUACUUCAUCUUGUACGAUAGUUUCGUAUCUGCUGAAGCAAAUCUUCGGCAACGCGAGCUUUCCUUCCAUAUCGUGCAUAAGACACACAGGGAGGAAUUGGAACAAGUAUUGCAGCUUUUGGAAAAAGUGUUAACUCUUCUUCCCGAGCUGCUCAACAGACGAUGGCAGUGUCAUAGUUUAGCACGGAUUCUGCAGAAACUCUUGCAUCCUGGUAACAGUUGGAAACUUCGUAGACAAGCCAUAAGGUACUUUAUUUUAUGGUAUCAGGCCCUUGGCGAAAAUGCUCCCGAGCAUAUACAUCAGAUGUUUGCCAGUUUGGUGCCUGGAUUUCCGCCGCAUCAAGCGUCGCCUUAUAAAUACGACCGUAAAACAGAAGGGAAGAAAGAAAAAGUCGUGAAAGCAGCUAAUUCCGAAGAAAAAGACAAGAGAGAAUUCUAUGAUACGCAACUUGGACAGAGUACUUUUCAUGAUGGAUCUAAUCAAUGUCCCGUCAGCCAAGUUGACGGCGGGCCUAUCUUACCACCGCAAAGUGGAGAAAAGCCGCUCGAUAAUGAGACUGUUAGAUUUUUGGAAGCAUUACUUGAAUUUAUGGUUACUCAGGUAGUGAAAAUAGAAUGGCGAGAUAAAUCUACGCGGCAAUACAAAACUUUUCAAUUUUUAUUAGAACGUUUUAAAAUCACCUAUCUUCGUCACAUUUGUCCGGAAUUUGAUGACAACUUUUCACUUUACAAACCUAAUCUGGAAUUACCUACAAUGCGAAAACCGAUGAAUCAAAAUCAGAAUAACUAUAUGCUCUGUAAAGUCGCUGUAAUCAAAUGGAUCGCAAGCUUCACACAUGUCGCUAGAAAAGAUGGACUUUUUGCCCAUCUGUCACAAAGCACAACGCCGAAUGAGGAAAAUGCCGAGUCGGAAUUACGCCGUGUGUCUGUUACUCAAAAUUCCACAGACUCGAAUCUACUGUCACCAGAAUCGUCUAUGUCCCAGCAAGAUAGUCAAAGUCAGGAAGACAGUGCCGUUUCAGCGAUCAUGUUAGUCAGAGAGGUUUUAUAUGGGAAUAGAGAUAAUGUAAACUUUGUACACGAAUUGUACAGACAGGCAUUUCUUCUGGAUUUUAAUCAUGCGGGAGCCAUAAGAAAAGCUAUUGCCGUUUAUAAAGAUUGGAUUCAAAUGAAUGAAAUUCCUCCGUUCAUGUUGGAGCCUUUGGACGGUCAUAAGGAUCGGGACUCGGAGGAAAGUCAGAGAAAAGAUGCUAAUGAGACGGAGAAGAGUCCUUCCGAAAGUUAUCGGCAGACGAGAUUAAGAAAUGACUCUUAUCUUGGCGCUAUACAUCGAGAGAAUUUAUUCAUUAGAGCAGGCUUGCAGAAUGUCUUGCAAAUUUUCAUUACUCAAGCGUCAAAUGUAUUUUUCCUGGAAAAUUCGGGACCUAAUGCAUCUCCAACAUUACUCGAGGAACAAACGGACAGUUGUAAAAGAGUCUUGAAUGUAUAUCGAUACGUUGUUAUGCACUCUAGACUGGAACCAGCAACUUGGGAACAGUUACUCAGAGUGUUACUGCAAAUUACAUCACUCGUAUUGAGCGAAAAAUCGUCUCGUCGCAAACAUCAAGAAACUAUCGGCGGAAAGCUUGCUCCUGCGAUAUUUCAAACUUUAAUCGUUACAUGGAUCAAGGCUAACUUAAACGUUGUUAUUUCUACCCAACUGUGGGACCAGUUUCUAGAAGUGUUAACGUCGUUAACACAAUGGGAAGAUCUAAUUCGAGAGUGGGCGAAAACGCUGGACACGCUAACGAGGGUAUUAGCACGACACGUGUAUAACUUGGAUUUGAACGAUUUACCUUUGGACAGACUCAGCGAACAAAAAUCAAAGAAGCGACGCGGAGUCGGAAGUCGCGCUGCAUCGACGGGAAGCGUUCAGCCACCUCGAAAGGGUAGUGUCGAUCAAGAGAACAAUGCCGUGCCGAAGGAAAGCGUCACAGAUCACCCGUUGCGCGACCUGAGGAAGGUGCGUCCGCUACCUCGCAGCGCGAGCGACAACACUAUAUAUGCCAAGGUGGCUCGUACGAAAUUGCACACAAGACAACGUACGCAUACGAUGCACAGUGGCAUUCCUGUACUCCCCCUAUCGAUAGAACAAGAUAUGGCGCGGUUAUUGACAACAAGCAGCUCGUCCUCAGCGACCGGUGGUCGGAAGAUGCCCAGCAGACGUGCCAAAUCUUUGGAUAGCAUUGUUAUAGUCGAUAGCGAGCCACCAUCGCCUCGCUGUCCAUCGCCAACACCCAGCAGCGGCGUCGACAGCAACAAAGAUAGCCCUAUACAGAUAGAAAAUAUUGAUGGUAGCAGUAUCGAUACAAACGAUGCAUCUGAGAGAAGGUCAGUUAUGGCAGGCGGAGGAGUACGUGGAUGGUUACCAGAUGUGGCUGUCGUUUUAUGGCGACGUAUGCUAUCGGCCCUGGGAGAUGUCAAUAACAUUCAAGAUCCUGUUUUGCAUGGUCAGGUGAUGGAUUAUCUCGUGCAACUUACACAAACAUUAAUUAAGAUACGUUUAAACCAAGGUGUGUCUGGGGAUAAUCAAGCAACACCUCCUGCACCAGAAUUGAUCCCACCUUUAACUGUCAUUGCACCUUGGUGCUUCAAGGCUAUUCAACUUCCCGAAAAAUACGAAAGUGGCAAAUUGGCCGCAUAUCGUCUCAUAUGUCUCUUAACUGUGCAGCCGUUGGAUAUCAGUCUACCAAAACAGCAUCUUACGCUCUUUUAUCGCGCCGUUCACAGCGGAAUCGCCAGUAAUGACGAUAAAGUGCUGCACGUACUCGUCAAGUACACAGGACCCAGAUUAUUUAGUCUGAAUCUACCUGGAUCGAGUCUUUUAAUUCUCGACUAUAUACACGCUGCGAAUGUGAUACUUAGCAGUCAAGACAUCGAGGCACCGAGGAGAGAAGCUGUUUCUAUCAUCGGCUCGUUAUUAUCUUUACCCGUUUCAACUGUCAAACUACCCAUGUUACAACCGAAUGGGCCUGACAUUGUAACUAUGACGUGUCCAGAAGCAAAAGAGCAUAUUGUAACGAUACUUUUGCGAAGCUGUCGACGAGAACCCACCGGAAUUGCGAGAUGCCUGGCUCUAUCGAGUAUCGCGAUGUUUGCAUAUAAAGAACUGUCCUACAAGACGCAACAUCCAAGAGUUCCAGAGGCUGUCACAGUCCUUCUUCUUGCACUUAGAGCUUCGCACGUUACGGUUGCGCAGGUUGCGUGCGAUUCUUUGUUACUUCUCUGCGAUAAAGCCGAUGUGCUGCUAGAAUUGUAUCCUAAUGUGCCAUCUAAGAUAAUACAGAUCUUGUCGGAUACACUUGGACGAAUGACAACGCGUGAAAGACGCGGACCACUGACAGUGUCGAUGCUAUUUUGCUUGGGCGAAUGGGCUAUGCACUUAGGACCGACAGUAUUACUACAGGUGUUCCAAGGGAAACCUCUUCUGAUGACCUUAUUUACAGUGUUAAACGCCAUAGUGCAAAAUAAAAUUGGAAAGGAAUUUAUGAAAACUACGAGGAGUAAUCCAGAGGACGAUGAUGAUUUUGAUCCUAACAUUACAUUAGAUAAUUUGGAUGCGUCCUCCUCAAAAUCGCCUCACAAAGGAAAUAUUCAGUCUGUACAAUUAGCAGCGAAAAUGGUAAUGAUGCAUUUAAUUAAUCAUCUGGGACACUUUCCGAUGGGUAUCGGAGCGGCGCGUCUCUCAUCGCUGGUCGUCGAGCUGGACGACGUUCCUGGAAUCGACGGGGACGAAUUGUCAUCCGCUAUUUUUCAAGCACCUAAUAUACAGCUAUUGAUGCUCUCUAACUCGAUCAUAAUGUCGCUGGUAGAACUGGCGGCCCUGGAUGCACCCGGUGGAGGAGUCACGGCCGGUUUGACGACAGCGCCUUCCUUGGUCAGAGUUUUGUUGCGCGAUCUGGCUGGAAAAGCUUCCUGGGACAGCUCGAUCUUGUAUAGCCAGCCCUUUGUCGAGGAUGAUCUACCGUUACCAUUUGCGAAGCCUGUUGAGUGGAACGCAAAAUUACAUACGGACGACUUGAGCAGCGUCAUCACACCUCACAAUUGUACACCCAGACAUACGAUACGACAUCGUGAGCCUCACAUAUUGCCGACUUUUGCGAAUGCUGCGAGCGAUAUGGACAAUUUGGAUGAUCUCCUUCAAUACAUAGGGCACACCAGUCCAGAAGUUUUGACUAAUCCGGAGGUCGCUCUCAAUGCGCCUGCUAAUCCACCUCAGGGACAUUAUCUCGAAAGUGAGACCAUCGCGACGAUUCUGAAUCAAAGAAAUGCCGAGCAGGAACACGUGAAUAAUUGGAGUCAACACAUCAGUAUGAGCGCAUCGGCAGUUAGUCCGCCGUCGUGCCACCCACCUCCGGCGCCGUUUCAUCACUGCCGCCUUCUAUUCUCGCAUCUAGGCCUGUCCGGUUGGGAACUGCGCAAGAGGUUGCAUUUGCUGGCGAAAAACGAGAAGCUCGUACGCGAGCUCCGUAAUCUCGACAGCCAACGAUCCAGAGAGACGCAUAAGAUAGCGGUGAUUUACGUCAGCCAAGGUCAGGAAGACAAGAACUCCAUACUAAGCAACGUCACUGCCAGUAAGGAGUACGAGAGUUUCAUCGCGAGACUCGCUUGGGAAGUCGAACUGGAAUCGCACACUGGUUUCUUCGGUGGUCUGGUGCCCGGGAAAGCGUCCGGCGUUACUGCGCCAUAUUACGCUACGUCGUUCACCGAGGUUCUCUUCCAUGUUGCUACGAGAAUGCCGUCGGACAGUCCCGAGAGUUUAUUGCAAAAAACGCGACAUCUUGGCAAUGAUGAAAUCCACAUAGUCUGGUCGGAACACUGGCGAGACUAUCGUAGAGACAUCAUACCCACAGAAUUCUGCGACGUUUUGAUAGUCAUUUAUCCGUUGCAGAAUAAACUAUAUCGAAUACAGAUCUCGCGAAAACCGGAGAUUCCGUUUUUCGGACCUCUAUUCGAUGAGUGCGUAGUGGAGGAUAAGGUAUUGCCAGGUUUGGUGAGAACGACCGCGUUGGCCGCGAGUAGAGCUAAACGGUCUACACUCACAUUAUAUCAAAAUUAUUACGAGGAAAGAGCACGAUCCAUCGAUACCGUAAUGAGAAAUCACAAAGAACCUACAACGUUUGAGGAGUUUGCAGCUAAUGUUUACUCUCCGGUGCAACCACCAAGCCCUUUCAGCGGAACUUCGUCUGUCUCUGGCUCUACAACAAGUGUGCAAUCCACAGCAUCAUCGAACCUCGCGGCAGCACUUAUUGAUCCGCAUCAAGGACGUUCCGGUCUGCGCAGCACUUCGACAGCGAGCAGUGACAAUCGUGCGAAUAGAGUCUUGCAAAAUAUAUUCAGAGUUUCCGAUGGAAGCAGAGUAUGGUUUAGUAAUGACACCCCCGAGAGCACUACGCUUCACGGAAUUUCACCGAGACCCGUAAAAAAGAUGUCCUUUAAAACUGGACCAAAGCAGAGAGCUAAUACGCAAUCCACUCCGCCAGAUAGUCCGAGAUACAAAUAAAAGAUCUUUUUCAUUCGUAUCGGCAAAAUUGUGCUGCGCGCUGAUUUUUGGUGAAACUCACCGAGCACUUUAAAGGAACUUACCGGGUAAAAAUUAAAGUAAGGAAUAAUUAAACGAGAGGGUAUUCCACUGUUAGUAUUUCACGCGUAACGUGAAUUAUAAAUAUAUAUCAAUCCUUGGCAAUUCAAUAACUUUUGCCAACUGAUAUUUUAUUCACAGUGGAGAAUGAAUAUCCAAUUAGCGUUUUCUGUUUUCCGUCCUUAGGUUUAAUUUUUAUAUUAAAUGUACAGAUCGUUGUUUAUUUGUUACAACGUG